GAGGACGCCGCCGGGCGGGACCGCCCCGCAGGGCGGGGCUCCUUCGCGUCGGUCUCGUCGGCGCCGGGCCCCGCCGCCGCGGCCGCGCUGGCCACCAGGUCAUCCGCCGCCGCCUCGCCGGCCUCCGGCAUCCUCCGCCGCGCGCCGGCCGCCUCGCCGGCUUCGGCGCACGCCGGGCCGACGCAGGGGCCCGCUGCGGCCGUCGCGUUGGCGCCCCCCGCGACGCAGACCUUCCUCGCCGCCGUCGACCAGCUGCCCUCGGACGCGCCCUCGGGCGGUGCCGAGCCGACGCUGCGCGGGCACAUCCACGUCCCUGGCAUCACGCUGGCGCAGCUGACCGCGGCGUUCAUGCGGAACGAGGACUGGCCUGUCGCGAGGUUCAACACGGAGGUGCUGAAAGCCAAGGACAUGAGGGCCUCGCCUUGGUCCGAGGGCCGCCGUGUGCCGGGCUCGCUGGUGCGCAGGCUGCAGUUCUCGUUCCCAGCGCCAGACAACACGCCGCGAAUGGUGCAGAGAUUGAUCGGACUUCCGGAGUGGAUGGAUUCGAGCAUGUUGGUCAGGAUGAAGACCACGGAGGACCAGUUGACAUUGGUGAUGAGCACGUGCUCGCACAACGUGCCCUACGGCGAGUGCAGCCGGAUCGAGGACAGACUCCAUUUCACCCCCGACGCUGCGCGUGGCGGAGUGGCUGUAGCGAAGUGGAUCGGCCUCGUGUGGGUGAAGUCUCUGCCUUGGGCUCUGGGCCCCGCGGCCGGCUUCCUCGAGAAGCAGGUCCACGACCAGGCGAAGGAGACGUGGGGCAAAUUUCAAGCCCACCUGAGAGCUUGUGCGUCAUAGGCGCCGCGGGCGGCAUGUGCCCGCAAGGUGGAUAACGAAACGCCUGGUCUGAGAACUUCGUCGGUCC